AUAUAUAUAUACCUAUGAUAUAUAGGUAUGAUCGAAGAAUUGAAAACAUGCGUGUUUGAUUACUAAAAGAGCCAAAAAAUCGGAGUAGAUAUGUAAAAAAUAGAAAAAUGAAAGGAAAUAUUAUAUAUAUUUAUCUCGUGUGAUUCAUUUAUAAGAAAUAGAAAAUAUAUCAAGAUGAAAUUGUACUGUUUAUCAAGUGAGCCCACCAAACCAUGUUUGGUGCUCACAUUCAAGGGCAUCACAUUGAUGCUGGACUGUGGUCUAAACAUGCAGUCCGUCAUGAAUUUCAUGCCUAUGCCGAUGGUACCAAGUGCCAGAUUCAAUUCAUUACCCAACUGGGUUCCUAGAGAUAAUUAUCAGGAUUGGCAAAUUGAAGGAGAGUUGAAAGAAUGUUGUGGACGAGUAUUUGUUGACUCAACUCCAGAGUUUUGUCCUCCUCUGGAAAAAAUCAUAGACUUUUCCGAGAUAGAUGCUAUAUUGAUAUCAAAUUAUACCUGUAUGUUAGCUUUGCCGUUUAUAACUGAAGGUACAGGAUUUAAGGGUGCAAUAUAUGCAACAGAGCCAACACUGCAAAUAGGUAGGUUCUUCAUGGAGGAGCUUGUGGAAUACAUAGAACAGGCACCCAGGGACACAAUGGCUAGGCACUGGAAAGAAAUGUUACACGUGCUUCCACCACCUCUGUCAGACUGUCUCAAACCAAAGUCUUGGAAACAUAUUUACUCUAUGGCAGCUGUGAAUUCAGCACUAGCUAAUAUUCAGUUGGUUGGUUAUGACCAGAAAUUAGAUAUUUUUGGAGCACUGGCUGUGACCCCCAUCAGUUCUGGUUACUGUUUAGGAAGUAGCAAUUGGCUCAUAUCUAGCGAUCAUGAAAAAGUUGCUUACGUGAGUGGAUCUUCCACACUGACGACACAUCCAAGACCCAUGGAACAAACAACAUUGAAACAUGCCAAUUUGCUUAUCCUGACAGGCUUGGCUCAGAUGCCUGCUGCCAAUCCUGAUACUAUGCUGGGAGAACUUUGUAUGACAGUUGCUAUGACUUUGCGUUCUGGAGGUUGUGUUUUGAUACCCUGUUAUCCAUCUGGUGUAGUAUACGACUUGUUUGAAUGUCUCAGUUCACAUUUGGACAAAUCAGGGUUUGCUCAAGUACCUCUGUUUUUCAUAUCACCUGUGGCGGAAACGUCUUUAGCUUACUCCAACAUAUUGGCAGAAUGGCUUUCAACAAACAAACAGAAUAAAGUAUAUCUUCCAGAGGAACCUUUUCCUCACGCGUUUCUCGUGAAAAACGCUAGACUAAAGUACUUUACUUCAACUUAUGCUGAAGGAUUUAGCACGGAUUAUAGGCAACCCUGUGUUGUUUUCUGUGGCCAUCCAAGUCUUAGGUUUGGUGAUGCUGUACAUUUCAUACAGAUGUGGGGUAACAGCCCUCAACACACGAUAAUAUUCACUGAACCUGACUUUCCCUACAUUGAGGCAUUAGCACCUUUCCAACCACUUGCCAUGAAAGCUGUUCAUUGCCCAAUAGAUACCUCAUUGAAUUUCACACAAGCUAAUAAAUUAAUACGAGAUUUAAAACCCGAUAAUCUUGUGAUACCGGAACGUUAUAUGCAACCGCCCAUGACGGCGCCGCAUAGGGCAGACCUUGUAAUUGAACCAGUUGGGGAAAAACCACUGAUUACCUUUAAAAGGGGUGAGGUAAUAAAAUUACCCUUGAAGAGAAGAAGAGGAAGAAUUUUCAUUGAACCAGAAUUGGCUGAUAAUAUUAUUCCCAGUGAAAUUAGGCCGGGCCUGAGUUUGGCUUCCGUGAGUGGAGAGCUUGAAGUCAAAGACAACGUUUAUACAAUAAAGAAUAUUCCAAGCAGAUCGAACGGUGAUAGAAAACGUAAAGGAUCCUCAAGCAACCCAGUGCCAGUAAAAGAAGAACUGAUGAAAGAGAGGAAACACGAGUAUGGUAACUUGGAUCCUCAAGAACUUCUGCAGAAGUUGAUCCAGGAAGGUAUCACCGGUGCUAAAUUGCAGCACACGCCCACAUCAAUCAGUAUUCAUUUGGAUGAAGAUACGUAUAUUCAAAUUAGCGACAAUUCGACUCACAUAUUUUGUAAAGCCGACCAAAAAUUAAGACGAAAGCUUAGGAACAUAAUUAUGCAGUGCCUGAAAAGAUUUUAGUUAAGCUGGUAAAUAAUCGAAGAAGACAAAUAAAUUUUAUUUCUUUUAUACAUGAUAUAUAA